AUGAGCCUCCAGUCCCAGGGCCUGGAGGAGAAAGCCCGAGGAGGAGGGAGAGGGCAGGCCAGGAGCAGCUCUCCAAGCACAGGUGACAGAUCCGGGAGGAGGCCCUCAAGGAAACCAGUCCCCAAAGCCGAUGCGGCACAGGGCAGGCAUGGAGCCCAAUCGGGCAGAAAAGAGCGAACCCUGGGCAGCCCUAGGCUGGGGUCCCCCAGGAGGAAGCAGGCGGAGAGCAGGCGACGUGACCUGGAGCUGCGGGGACGGGAACGAAGCUUUGCCGACAGGGCCCGCGACAGCAGGAGGAAGAGGGACGGGCGGGCUUCCCUGAAGGAGCAGAGCGCGUCCUCGAAGAAAGGAAAGAGACAUCGGAGGAAAGAGGAGGCGUGGGAGCGACAGAAGAAACCCAGGUCACUCUCGUUAGCCUCCAGUGAGGACUCUCUGUCUGAGGAGGAGUUGGCCCGCAUCCUGGAGCAGGUGGAAGAAAAGAAGAAGCUCAUUGCUACCAUGCGGAACAAGCCCUGGCCCAUGGCCAAGAAGCUGACUGAACUCAGGGAGGCCCAAGAGUUUGUGGAGAAGUAUGAAGGAGCCUUGGGAAAGGGGAAAGGCAAGAGACUGUACGCAUACAGGAUGCUGAUGGCAAAGAAAUGGGUCAAGUUCAAGAGAGACUUUGAUAAUUUUAAGAUGCAAUGUAUCCCCUGGGAAAUGAAAAUCAAAGACAUUGAAAGUCACUUUGGUUCUUCAGUGGCAUCGUAUUUCAUCUUUCUCCGGUGGAUGUAUGGAGUCAACCUUGUCCUUUUUGGUUUAAUAUUUGGUCUUGUCAUAAUCCCAGAGGUACUGAUGGGCGUGCCCUAUGGAAGUAUUCCCAGGAAGACAGUGCCUCGGGCUGAGCAAGAAAAAGCCAUGGACUUCUCUGUCCUCUGGGACUUUGAGGGAUACAUCAAGUACUCGGCUCUCUUCUAUGGCUACUACAACAACCAGAGGACCAUUGGGUGGCUGAGGUACAGGCUUCCCAUGGCUUACUUUAUGGUGGGGGUCAGCGUGUUUGGCUACAGCCUGAUGAUUGUCAUCAGAUCGAUGGCCAGCAAUUCCCAGGGGAGCACGAGUGAGGGGGAGAGUGACAACUUUACCUUCAGUUUCAAGAUGUUCACCAGCUGGGACUACCUCAUAGGGAAUUCAGAGACAGCCGACAACAAAUAUGCCUCCAUCACCACCAGCUUCAAGGAAUCAAUUGUGGAUGAACAAGAGAGUAACAAGGAAGAAAAUAUCCAUCUGACAAGAUUUCUGCGUGUUCUGGCCAACUUUCUCAUCAUUUGCUGCUUGUGUGGGAGUGGGUACCUCAUUUACUUUGUGGUAAAGCGAUCCCAAGAAUUCUCCAAAAUGCAAAAUGUCAGCUGGUAUGAAAGGAAUGAGGUGGAGAUCGUGAUGUCCCUGCUCGGGAUGUUUUGUCCCCCUCUGUUUGAAACCAUUGCUGCCUUGGAGAAUUACCACCCACGCAUUGGACUGAAGUGGCAGUUGGGACGCAUCUUUGCGCUCUUCCUGGGGAACCUCUACACGUUUCUCUUGGCCCUGAUGGAUGAUGUCCACCUCAAGCUUUCUCAUGAAGAAACAAUAAAGAACAUCACCCACUGGACUCUGUUUAACUAUUACAACUCCUCCAACUGGAAUGAGAGUGCCCCCCGGCCACCCCUGCACCCUGCAGACGUGCCCCGGGGCUCUUGCUGGGAGACGGCGGUGGGCAUUGAAUUCAUGAGGCUGACAGUGUCUGACAUGCUGGUAACGUACAUUACCAUCCUGGUGGGGGACUUCCUGCGGGCUUGUUUUGUCCGGUUCAUGAACCACUGCUGGUGCUGGGACCUGGAGGCUGGCUUUCCUUCGUAUGCUGAGUUUGACAUUAGUGGAAAUGUCCUGGGUUUGAUUUUCAACCAGGGAAUGAUCUGGAUGGGCUCCUUCUAUGCCCCGGGACUGGUGGGCAUCAACGUCCUGCGCCUGCUGACCUCCAUGUACUUCCAGUGCUGGGCCGUGAUGAGCAGCAAUGUGCCCCACGAGCGCGUGUUCAAGGCCUCACGCUCCAACAACUUCUACAUGGGCCUGCUGCUGCUGGUGCUCUUCCUCAGCCUCCUGCCGGUGGCCUACACCAUCAUGUCACUCCCACCCUCCUUUGACUGUGGCCCGUUCAGUGGGAAAAACAGAAUGUACGACGUCCUCCAUGAGACCAUUGAAAAUGAUUUCCCGACCUUCCUGGGCAAGAUCUUCGCUUUCCUUGCCAACCCAGGCCUCAUCAUCCCAGCCAUCCUGCUGAUGUUCCUGGCUAUCUACUACCUGAACUCAGUUUCCAAAAGUCUUUCCCGAGCCAAUACCCAGCUGAGGAAGAAAAUCCAGGCGCUCCGUGAAGUCGAGAAGAGCCACAAAUCUCUCAAAGGCAAAGCCACGGCCAGAGACCCAGGGCAUCCACUGGAAAGCAGUUCCAAAAAUGCCAUCCCACUCCAACUCACCAAGGAAGAAACCACACCUCACUCUGCCAGCCAAAGCCAGACCCAGGACAAGAAGGCACAGGACCCCAGGAUGGAUGCCAGUGUCACCGGCAGGAGCAUACCAUCUGCCUCCCGGCACCUCCCUCGAGCUCAUUCCCCUGGUGUCAGAGCAGAUCCUGGCCAAGCCCGGUCAUAG